CAAUGAUAAAUACCAUAGCUGUCUAUUUCUUCUUCUUCUCCUCCAUCAUUCCUUUUCAGAAGUGAGAAAGCAAAAAUGAGUGGUAUGGUGAUGACUUUGACUUCACCUCAUCCUACGUUUCCCAUCAGUCUCCUCCAUUUUUUUUUUUUUUCCCCUCUGUCUCUCUCUCUCUCUCUUUUCCUUUGAUGCAGGUAUGAUUGAUUGAUGCAAGAACGCUUCGGAGAAUCCGAAACAAAUUCCAGUUCUCGGUCUCGGAGGAGGAUCUGCGACAGACCCAUUUGAUCUUUUUGGUCUCUUUCAAUUCAAGUGAAGAAUCAUUUCAGUUCCAGGUCUGAUUCUGUCCAUUUUGCCCCUUAACUUGUAAGUAAUUGUUUGUGGAUUUCUAUAAUGUUGCCUGAACCCUGCGGGUGCGGGUCGGACCUGCUUCUAUCUCUGCCGGAUGAUCUAUUCUCCAUAGUAUCUCGGUCCCUCUCUCCGAGGGACCUAUGUAAUCUCAGUUUAUGUUGCCGGAGUCUGUCUGCUCUCCUGGCCUCUGAGAAGGUGUGGCUCACUCAGUGUGAAAUGAUGUGCAUAGUGCCCCGCACACACCUUGCUGAGUGGCGAAUGGGUGUCUCAUCUUACAAGGCGCUUUGCCGCUUUCUCAUUUGCAUUCAGCCAUUGAUGGGAAUUUGGGUUCACCAAAACCCUGAGCUUGGCAACGUAGUCUAUGUCAUGCCCGGUUUUCUUUCGGCUGUUGGAUGCCGGAUAAUCCCACAAGAGCUUGGUCCAUUAGGCAUUGAAGAUGGCCCCAUCCUAUGGGCCCCGGUGUUUGAAGUUGUUAGUAAUCUUGAUGGCUCCGCCGCAUUUUUUCUACAUGGAAGGGAGAACGGACAUGACUAUUUCUAUCCUGGUUCAAUCAAGCCUGUGGAGAGGACUUGCAAUGUGCUACUGCUUGAGGUUGGGGCUAGGCAACAAGAAAAUGAGUGUAAAUUGUUGCAUAGUAAGAGCUUUGUUCACGAUUCGGAUAAGGAUCUUAGAAAAGUUUGUAGGUCAAGUAGUGAAAUUUCAAGGUCUCAGAGAGUGCUUGGAAAGAAUGAGGUGAAGGUGCCAUUCAGUCGAUUGGCUUUUAGUGAUAGAAGAAAGCUGUUGAGUAUUGUUACCAGCCAAAUUCGUCAAAGGCUUCCUCCUGAUUCAACAAACAGGCCACUAUUUCCACGGUUAAGGGAUGAUGAGGAUAGCUUUCAGAAAGAUCUGGUGUUCUUAAUGGAACGGAGAUCACUGCUUAUGCAAAUGUGUAACCUCGAUGGUCAUCAAAUCGAUUGGAAGGCAAGUCCUGAACUGCCCUCUGAUCCUAACCAGUUGGAAUUGAGCCAGAUCAUAAAGAGUCUUGAUCGUCCAAGUGGCUCGUGCAAUUCUAUGAAUGAAGAUGAUGAACACACAAAAUGCACUAGGAAAAAAACUCUUGGUAGGUACUUUAGGGAUAGCCUUAAACAGAUCCUGGGGAGGUCCAGCUCGAUAAAUGGCGGUGCUGCUAUUUCGAAGAAUGGUUCUUCGAGCAGUGAGACUAAGCAUGCCCAUCUUCAUGAGUUUUUGAGAUCAGGUGAUGCAAUAAAACUUACAUUACAUGCUACCACUGUCAAGUUAUCUUCUUACCGAGCAUGGCCUAACAUGCAUGACAGUCGGUUUGCCCUUUACAAGUUGCCCAUGAGGGUCGCAACGGCUGACCAUGAGUAUGCUGGUUUAUGGGGAGGCACUUUUGGCUGGCCUCCUGGGAGGCCUACUCAAGACAAGCCCAGAAAGGCACUCUUCUUUCUUCUGCUUUCUUAUGAGGAGUCCCAAGAGCAACGACAUCUUAUUGCGACCAAAAUAUUGGAAGGCACCCAUUAUGUUCUGCAUCCUAAUGGCUCAGCCAUGUUUAUAGUCAAUAUGGAUGAACCGUCACUUGAUCCAUUUCCAUGGGAUAGUGAUGCAGAUUCUCCUCCUGUGAACGUAAAGCAGGCUUUUAUGGGAGAGGGUAUUGCAAAUGGUUUUGGAUUCAGAUAUCCUGGCGCAAAGCCUGGUUCCCUCUUUGCAUUUCAAAAUGGUCUCCUUGCUUUCAUUUGGAAGGAAUCCAGGGCAGUCUUGACCUUGCAGAGACUUAACUUGCAAGAGCUGCUGAAGAAAGGUGAGCGAGUGCCUGCACUACCUCCAAUUGCCAACUUUUCAUACUUGACUAGGUCAAACUCGAAUGUGUUUGCGGGCUUCUCAAACCCCUCAACUUGUCUGUCUUCACCAAGGCCCUCAGCCAACUGAUAUUUUCUCCAUCCUUCCUAGGAGGUUUCAUUUUGGAUAUAAGCAAAUGGAUUCUUGAUAAAUUCAAGUAAGCUUUCUGGAAUCUGAGACAUAUCUGCUACUUAGGGAGUUAUCAUCUAAGCGUCCCUUGGGUUUUAAGUUGUAGUAGUUAAACUUUUCUUCCCAAUCUGAUUGAUGCUUCACUGAUAAUAUCAAUGUGAUAUUAUUUCUUUUGCUCUCAAGUCACCAACUGAAUGAGCUUUUGAGGUGUGGCACCAUGUUUAUCUUUGACAAGCAAAAACCACUUCUAAGAUAGAUAAUAGGCAUUUGAAUUACAGUAAAAAGAUUUAAUGA